AUGUUUACAUUAGAAGUAAUUGUACCUAAACAACAUGUACCAGAGAAAUUUGAUAAAUAUAUUUCAUCAUCCAGAAUCAAAGUAAAAGAAACUGGAGAAUUAGUAAAAUUAACCAAAUCUUCAAUUCCAAAGAUUAUCGGGUUAAAAUUAGUUACAGUUAAUAAUGUCCAAUUAAAAGAUAAAAGCACCAAAGUUAAACCAAAUGACCAUAUUAUCAUUAAAUUAACAAAUAUCGAUCAAUAUAAAGUCGAAUCAAAAGGAAACCAAGAACAAAAAGAAUCCAACAAUAUUAGCAAACAAACAGCAUGGUGGGAUAAAAAUGCUGAGCAACAAGGUAAACCACAAACUAAUAAAAAACCAGCUCCAGCUCAAGCAAAACCAAUAUCUACCGGUAGUAAAGGUGCUCAAUUGGCUUCAACUGAUAUUAAAUUAGAAGUAUUAUAUGAAGAUGACAAUCUUGCAGUUAUAAAUAAACCAGCUGGUAUGUUGGUACAUCCAUCCAAUACAACCCAUACAGUAGUUUUAAAUAAAGAGGAUCAAACUCAUACUUUAGUAAAUGCAUUAAUUCAUAGAUAUGGUGGUAUUUCAAAACUUUCAAAUCUUGGUGGUAAUGAACGUCCAGGUAUUGUACAUAGAUUAGAUAAAGAUACUGCUGGUAUUAUUAUUAUCGCUAGAAAUAACAACACUCAUAAACAAUUACAAGCAUUAUUUGAAGAGCAUACAAGUACAAUGAUUAAAAACACAACUGAGGAAGAUCAAGAACCUGAAAACAUGGAUGAAGACGAUAUCAGCGGUGAUGAUAGCGGUGACUAUUAUGACGACGAUGACAAUAACCAUUAUGGCGAUGAUAGUGACGAUGAUGACAAUUUUUCAAAACCAAAAUCAUCUGGCCAAGUACCAUCACGUCCAGCAACCAUCACAGCAAACCAUCUUUCAAAAUUAAUGGAGGGUAAAACCAUCCCAUUAACCAUCCAAAAGAAAUACCAUUGCAUUGUUUUAGGCAAACCAAAAGAAACACAUGGCUUUAUUAAUAAAAAAAUAGCAAGACAUCCAGGUGAUAAAAAUAAAAUGGUUAUCGACGAAAGAGUUGGUAAAGAAGCUUUAACCGAGUAUAAAAUUUUAAAAGUUUGGGAUAAUGUCGAUGUACAAGUUUAUGACGAAAAGAAAAAUAAAUUAAUUUCAAAACCAAGCAGCGCUGAAAAUACAAACUCAACUUUAUCCGAAUAUGAUAAUGUUUCAAGUCAAUUAAAUAAAAAUAAAAAGAAGAAUAAAAAAUCAGUUUCAAAUAAACCAACCCCUAAAUUAAAUUCAAGAAUGUCAUUAUUGUCAGUAGACGAUGAUGAAGAUGACGAAAACGACGAAAAAGCAGCUCUUUCAGAUAGUGAAGAUGAUAGUGAAGAUGCAGUUUAUUUAGAUAGCGAUGAUGACAGCGAAAAUGCAGUUUAUUUAGAUGGUGAAGAUGAUAGCGAAGAAGAUGACGACGAAGAAGACGAAGAAGAUGAUGAUGAUGAUGAAGAAGACAGCGAUAGUGAAGUUUCAACUAAAAAAGAAAACUAUGAUGAAAUUAUAAAAAGAUUACAAAGAACCAAAUCAAUUGGAUCUAAUACAUUCUCAUUAUUAGAAAUUACAUUACAUACUGGUAGAUCACAUCAAAUUAGAGUCCAUAUGGCAAGUGAAAAUCUCCCAAUCGUUGGUGAUCCAAUUUACUCUAGUAAAUCAAAACAAUUUUUAGUAUCACAUUUAUUAUUAGCUUCAGUAAGUUUGAAAUUUGUUCACCCAAUUUUAAAUCAAGUCAAAGAGUUCACAAUAGAACAUCCAUCUCAUUUUAAACAAUUUAUUGAUUCAAUUGAAAAUAAUACCGAAGCUGAUAAUAAUAAUCAAAAACCAUCAUCAUCAUCAUCUAAAACAUCAUCUAAAAAAAUUAAUAAUGAUUUCGAUGAGGAUAAAAUCUCGAAAAAAUCAAUCAAAAAUAUCAGUAAUAAAACAACCCCACAAUCACAAAAAGUACCCACAAUCACAACCACUACCACUAAAGAUUUUACAGCUACAAAAAAUAACGUCAAUAAUAAUAACAAUAAUAGCAACAACAAUUCUAAUAAUAACAAAAACAAAAAGAAAAAUAAUAACUUUAUUAAAAAUAUUAACAGUUUAGAUGAAAAACUUGAAAAGGAUUUACUCUCUUCAUUUAUUAACUAA